AUGGGUAGCGGAGGAGCCAACCCAGAGCACGGGUCGAGUAGUCCCCGCAUGGCCACGUGGUGUGACUCAGACUCUAAUCACAUGACCAUUCCCUCUCAGUCACUUUCAGGCCUGACGUUACAUUAUGCUCCACUGAGCCACACGUCUUUCUUCACCCUAGCCACUCAGCACGUGGGAACCAUUGGACAGCAGCAAACAAAAUGGGGAUCGAAAGGUCUCUUCUCCCUCUGCACGUUCCCCAGGUCCGCGUCCUCUCAGACGAGCCCUGUGAGGUCUUCUGGGGCCGGGGGCCAGGGGCCAGGGGCCGGGGGCCAGGGGCCGGGGGCCAGGGGCCAGGGGCCGGGGGCCAGGGGCCAGGGGCCAGGGGCCGGGGGCCAGGGGGCCGGGGGCCGGGGGCCGGGGGCCGGGGGCCGGGGGCCAGGGCUGAAACAGCAGGGCUGUGCAGAGAGGCAGGCGUGGCAGACCAACGGUAGCGCCUUUGCUGCCGGUGUGUGA